AUAUGGCCAUUCAUACCUCUUGCGCUUCGCAGAUAAGCGCAGAGCUGUUGUGAAGGAAGUUGUCAAGAAAGUGAGUUUAUGUUUAGGUUAUACAGGACCUCCCGCCUUCACCGAUCGUCAACCAAUCAUGUCAAUGCGGAGCCAUCCACAAUGUUAAAACAUUUAAGAGGCGCACAGCGAUGCGGCACAGAGCUCAAUAUGUGCUUCUGUGUGUCUCUGGGUGCUCCGCAAAAUUGCGUCACACCAUCGAUAUGGUCUCCGACCACAUUUUCGGAUCAAGCAUAAAUUGGCUCUUAGGGGAGCCAGUCAACACUGCGUAGCAGAGCUGUCAAACGACUGAACUGUCUUUAACCACUGCGAUUGUGUUUUAAUGAGAAAACAAAUGCCACAUAAGGUGUACCGCGAGUUUACAUUUCGAUUUGAGGUAAGCUAUAACUCGUGUAGUUAAGAGUUACUUCGGCGUUGGCUGCGUAACUUCUCGUUUGUUAGCAAAGUAGAGUGGCUACCGUUAACUAGCUUCUCAUCUUCUCUUGUUGACAAACUAAACUAACGUUACCGAGACCAGCUAACUACAAGCAAGUUAGCCAACUGGCCGCUACUAGCUCUUGCAUGGUGAGUAGACCGACUGGCCUGCAAACUAUUGCAAUGAGAUGGAAGUAACUGCGUUUGGCCUGUCAUUUCAUCAAGUUGUUGUUGAAGAGUCCAACAUCUCAUCAUCUUCAUGACAAACGACAAGGGCUGUAAAGGGUUGCCAAGCAGUUAUCGAAAAUGUGAAACCUUCAUGGAGAAGUCCCCCACAGAGUUACCAGUGAAGAGACAAUGAUGGAUCGGAACAAGCGCAACUCCAUUGCCGGCUUCCCCUCCAUGAGGCCAGACCGUCUUGAUGACCUGGAUGGUGGAGGGGAGUGGGCCCCGUCUCAGGUGGGAAGAGUGUGCCCCUCAUCCUACCGCGCCCUCAUCAGUGCCUUCUCCUGCCUGACGCGCCUUGAUGACUUCAUCUGCGAGUGGAUUGGCUCCGGCUUCUUCUCAGAGGUCUACAAGGUGCGCCACAGAGUGUCGGGCCAGGUGAUGGCUCUGAAGAUGAACAAACUGAGCAGUAACCGCGCCAACAUGCUGAGAGAAGUCCAACUGAUGAACAGACUGUCCCAUCCCAACAUCCUCAGGUUCAUGGGUGUGUGUGUUCAGGAAGGCCAGCUCCAUGCUCUGACUGAGUACAUCAACGGUGGGAACCUGGAGCAGCUGUUGGACAGCAACAAGCCUCUGAGCUGGGCAGCCAGGAUCAAGCUGGCCUGUGAGAUCGCCAAUGGCCUGGGCUACCUGCACUCCAAAGGCAUCUUCCACCGGGACCUCACCUCCAAAAACUGCCUGAUCAAGUCCGAUGAGAACUGCUACACUGCAGUGGUUGGAGACUUUGGUCUCGCUGAGAAGAUUCCCAACUAUGAUGGUGAGGGGGAGAAGCUGGCUGUGGUGGGCUCUCCCUUCUGGAUGGCCCCUGAGGUGCUGCGAGAUGAACCCUACAAUGAGAAGGCAGAUGUGUUCUCCUACGGUAUUGUCCUCUGUGAGAUUAUUGCCCGAAUACAGGCCGACCCAGAUUACCUUCCUCGCACUGAAAACUUUGGCCUGGAUUAUCAUGCCUUCCAGCACAUGGUAGGAGACUGUCCUCCUGACUUCCUGCAGCUGGCCUUCAACUGCUGCAAUAUGGACCCCAAGCUGCGACCCUCGUUCCCUGAGCUGGUAAAGAGGCUGGAGGAGAUCCUGUGUCGGCUAAAGGCCGAGGAGUCUGAGCGAGAGAGGAUCCCCCUCUGUGGGGACAACGAUAAGAAAACCAUCCCUAAAGGUGACAAGGUCCAGGGGAUUAAGAGGUUGAACCCGUUGGAUCUGAAGGAAGAUAAGAUGUCUCCCAAGUCACCUCGUCCUCGCCGCAACAUCUGGCUGUCCCGCAGCCAGUCAGACAUCUUCUCCCGCAAGCCCAGCCGGAAGGUCAAUGUCCACGACCCCUACUACAACCCGGGCCCCAGGACUGUACCAGGGGCCCGCAAGAUCAACCCCUUCAAUGCCCGCGAGGACCUGUGCGGAGGCAAGAUCAAGUUCUUCGACGUGCCCAGCAAGUCUGUGUUCUCCCUGAUGUUCGACCUGCACUCUCCCCAGGAUAAUGUGUUCUCCUCUGGGACCCAGAUCCACUCUGGAGCCCACAUCCACCCAGGUAUGUGGCAGGAGACCUGGUUUACUGGCAGACAGUGCCGCUCUCUGCCCGCCUCCCCCCAGCUGGCCCUCUUGGAUGGCUGCUGCCCCCUUUCUGCCACUGUCUCCAAGUGUGACCCGGCACAGCUGGGCCAAGAGGUCCGACAGAAGGUGCUCAGCGCCUGGGCCGGGAAAUAUGCUGUGAUGGAGAUCCCUCCAUACUGUGGAGAGAAAGAAACAAUAGAGGAGGAUAACAGAGUAGAUGAGAGCGGGUCUCUCUCUCCCAUGCCCAGUGACCGUACAGAGGCUAUGGACUGCUCUAGCAGCCAAGGGAGUCCAGAGGAGGACAACGUCAAAGACAAACAUGUCUGCUGCCCCAUGCAGGCCCAGAAUGGAGGCCCAGUGAAGGACAGUAGGGAUGCUGUGUCUGAGGAGAUGGAGGCUGAAGACCAGGAGGACAUGCAGCUGCAGAGCACUCCCUGUCCAACUGUCACUAUCAGCCCAGCCACAAACCAAGACCAUCUGAAUCCCAUCAUACUGGUGCCUUGUACGGCCCCACACUCCUCCACAGAACUGCCCUCUAAGUGUGACAUCAUCUAGGCCUUAAACAGGUCAAGGAGAAAGGGAGCCUUGUUGUGAACUCGUUUUUAACCUAGAGAGACACUCCUCAGAUAGGAAUGAUGUGUGAUGAUGAUCAAUGCUCUGCAUAUAUUCUUUAUUUUUUAAAGAUUUCUAUUUAAUAUACUGAAAAACGUGUAUUUUAUUUCUUAAAAAGGCACCCCUAAACCAGGGGUCUCAUAAUUCGUUGAGGUUCUGUGUGUAUGCUGGUUUUAAAUCACUGCCUUCUCCUUGAUAUUCAACGGUAUGGUGUUUAUCUUCUGCCCCAUGUGGAAAUGUAGGAGAGUAGAUGCAUAUGAUAUUAAAGUAACACUUCUAACACUUA